AUGAAACUUCAGUUCCUACAGGGUACAAGGAACAUAAAGCAGCAACAAAAAAGGAACAUCUGUUGUAUCUAUCUGGUCCUAGCUAGUUCUUCCUGUUAGCAUUUACUUAGGCCAGUGUAAGUGCAACUUACAUUUAACAAAAUUAUCUUCUGUCCCACCCUAUACUGCAAAAACUGUGAGGAUAUAUAUAGACAAUAUAGAAACAAAAGAAUUUUCUGGAAGUAGUUGAUUUAGUUGAAUCAGUCUCUGUUAAGCCAUUUAUGCCUCUUUGAUGGAUGCAGAGGUGAUGUUGGUGAGUAUGGCUCUGAGGCUGCUAGAUCAUCAUCACAUGCCUCUUUGUGUGUCGGUGACGACGAAGGCAAUGAUGAUGAAGAUGAUGGGGAGGACAACGACGAGGAGGAACAAUGGCUAUCAUCUUCAAGAUUUCUUUUGCAAACUCUUCUUUCUCCACUUCCCUCUGCUUCUCCUUUAAGAAUGAAUUCUUUCAACCGUUUCACAUCUGAUAGUUUUACCGGCUUCACAAGAAACUCCUCUGCCCCUUCUUCCAAGCAUCUGUAAGUAGAAAAUAAGCUAUUAAUACCACUAGCAUAUUCGGGUAAUGUUGUCUUUGAAUCAAACGUAUAGACUGGGGCUGCAAAAAUCAAAAAUAUAAAAUGCUAGGGCUGCCCCAGUUAACUUCCCCUUACAUUUAAAGUUCCUUGCAUAUAUUUUCUUGAGAAUUAUGAAAUCAUAAGAUUUCCUCAGAUUUGGACGACAAUAUUCAAAUAGGAAAUAAUUUAACUUAUGGAAAAUGUUGACAUGAUUCCCUUAAAUUAUACAUAAUUGGAACAACACACCUUGUAGAUCAUCAAUCCAGGAGUAAAAUAAUCAACGAGUCACGGUUUAGGUCAGAUAAUGACAACUUAACCAGAGAUAUUCAAUCUUUACUUUUUUUGGCCACAUAAUCACAUCUUUAUUUGAUCUUGCCAUAAUAACUUUAGUUGGUAUAA